UCUUUAGCUCCCCUCUUCUUCGUCCACCGCCCCUUCCUCUUCUCUCUCUUUUAGGCACUUUAUGAGCCCUCUUGUGACUUCUAAAACAGUAAAAGCUUAAGAUGCUUGAUCUAAGGCAUAGUUAUAGUCUGUGAUUUCACUUCGUGUUAUUCAUUAAUGUUGGACUUGUGCUCUUUUCUUCUUUUCAUCAAACCAUGUGAAUGGCCACUGCUAUAUUUCCAUCCAUGCAUUUUUCUGCUUGAUUUCUUCUUUUGUUUUCCUAUUUUUUUCCAUUUUAAGUAGAAUUACAUGUUCCUGGUUCGAAAUCCUUGUGUUUGUAUAAUUCCGAUCCCGACAUAGCGACGGCGGUUGAAAGACUGGUUAGAUGAAAUGAGUGCUUAACCAUGUAACUAUCAAUCGAAGUUCAUGAAAGCAAAGAAGAGCGGAACAGUAUACGCAGCAGCCUUACCAUUCCAAACAGAGAGGCUUUUUCUGAUGGCAACAUACAAUGAGGAAUACUCACAGAUUGGUGUGUCUCGAGAGGAAAAAGACAAGUUGGUUGGAGAAGUGAUCCGCUUUGUACUUUUCAAGACUCACCAAAACUCUGGAUGCCCUAUAAAGAGGGAAGAAUUGACACAACUAAUAACAAAAAAUUACCGUCAGCGCUCCCUUCCGGCCCUUGUCAUAAACGAAGCCAGAGAAAAAAUCUCAAACAUUUUUGGGUAUGAGAUGAAAGAAUUGCAGCGUUCCCGUCCUGCCUCGAACAAGCAGGGCCGUGCUCCUCAACAAAGUGCCGUUGAAGCAAAAUCAUAUAUUGUUUUGAGUCAGCUGCCAGCUGAUAUUUAUACUAAAUAUAUUGAGGAUAAAAAGACUUCACACAUGACUGGUUUCACUUUUGUCGUCAUCAGCAUCGUACAUCUCGCAGGAGAGAAUCUCUGGCAUCAUUUGAGGAGGCUGGGUUUAAACGAGAGUGAUGAAAACAAUGCUGUCUUUGGUAACACUAAGCAAACACUUGAGAUGCUUGUACAUCAAAGGUACCUGCAAAAGGAGAAAGUUAAUGGUCCUGAAGGCAAUAUCAUCAUGUAUGAACUUGCAGAAAGAGCUUUGGAUGAAUCUAUUGCAGAAAAGUUAAAAGAUUACAUUGGCCAGGUUGUUAGUAAUGAUACCGCUGCUGAGGCUGAUUAAUAUGGCUGAAUGAUAAUCGUCCAGCAAGCUCAGACCGACAGACGGGAACGAUCUCAAUGGCAAAGUUAUUAGCCAUUUUGAUGAGAUAAACCUGAAUCCUUGAUCAAGCUUCUAUGUUCCACCAGUUUGAUGUCCAACAUUUUGCACCUCCUUUUGCCAAAUUCAGCAGGCAACUCCAUUAAUCCAAAUUGCUGCAGCUGACUUGUGAUUACUUCUGACCGUGGGAGGAUGACUUUUCCGUUUGGGAAAUCUGAUGAAGCAGAUGAAAACUGUAAUUGUUGCACUCGGUGAUCUCCUUAUAAGGAGAAUGCUGCAACAACUAAUGCCAACCCAGAAAGAGUUGGAAGGUUAUCUGAUUACAUUUAA